AAAUAAUUAAAUGAAUGGUGAACGAGCGAAACGGGAAUAUGUUCGAGUGGAAAUUAUUGAAAGCUGGGCCAGGCCAGUCGCCAUGUAGAAUUUUUUGAUGUGGGUGUUGUGUCUUGGGACGUCAAACGCUUCAAUGAUUAUUAUUUUCAAGUGGACAUUAAUUUUAGUGUAAAUCGAGUUUUGACUAUUCCGUUUUUGUUAAAAGUGUAUUUUGUGAACAAUUACUCAUAUUGCUUUGUGAUCGUGAGCCAUCUAAUCUGGUGACGAUAGAUAAUAAACUGGAGGGGAGCUGCUAAAAUACUACGAUAGGAUACUUAGUAACGACGUUUUACAACUCAAGAGCGCUCAUAAAAUUUCUCAUCUUGGUGCGAGCGAGUCGGACUUCCAUUUUGUUUUAUUAUGUGGUUUGGUUGUUUACACUGUGCGUCGCGUUGUGGACAAUGGAAAGCGAAACGGCGUGCGUUACGCGAGGAUUAGCGACCAGCGGUAGCGGGCGGUGGUGAUGCAGCGAGCCCACGGGGGCGGCGCCCCGCAUUCGCAGGCCUCCGCCACCGCUCACCCGAAUGUACGCACACACAACUCCUACGCAGACAUCGAUGAUCAGAUACCUGCUUCCGUGAUAAGUAGUGUGGGUACAGUAAGCCUGUCUCAAUCAUCAACGCACCCCACUACUAACAUAACCAUGGCCAACCCUACGAACCUGGGCAACGCCAGCAGCAACGGCCAGCCGGCGGCCCAGCAGACACCAACCCAGGCUCCAGUGCGAAACUUGCCCAAGAAACGGAAGUUUGACCCGUCAGUCCUGGAAGAAAUGAGCUGUGCAAACAACAACACAGUAAACGCGCCGCUCCCGGCCGAGUACCAGCCGCAGUACCAACAAUCAGUGCUGCAGCCGUCUCCAAUAAUCCAGCGCUCUUCUCCGCCAUCAGAAAUGAAGCCCUACAUCAAUUCGUACCCCAAUAUUGACUUGUCAGAGUGGCGGGACCACAGGGUACUGGCGAAGCAGCGGGGAUUGUACGUUCCUGGAGUGAUCCGUCAGGCCGAGGGCUGUAAAGUGGUAGUGGAGCUCGACGGGCUCGAGAACGAACCGGUGGAGUACAGUGAUGUGUUCGGUGUGAAUAAGAACGAUGUGAUAAGUGACGCGAGCCCUCAAAUGAGCCAUCUGCACAUGGGCUCGCUGUGUGUCGUGAGGACUACGGACCCCAGCCGCGAGAAUGUGCAGAACGUUUUCGUUGAAGGUCUCGUGUAUGAAGUGCUUAAUUCUCCUAUAAGGAUUAGAGUUAAGGUAACAGAUGGUGAUCUCUGCAAAGAAAUGGUGGAGGUGAAGCGAGCAGACAUCAGACUGCUGCAGCCUCCGUGGGCGGAUGAGCUGGAGGAUGCUGGCACCCACACCUCGUCUUCCAUGCACCCCUCACUGCGUAUACAUCAUGUCCCUACUCAGAUGGGUGGCGAUAACUUCUACACGUCAUCCCCGAUGCCCGGCGCGGGCGCCGGUGGCGUAGUGACGGUGGGCGCGUUGUCCAACGGCUCAAUGGAUGACUUGCGCAAGCGUCAGCCCUUCGACGACUACGGAGAAAGCGAUGACGAUCUGAGACGAGAGGACAUUAUGUUCCCCGCCGAUGUUUCGCAUAUGGAUUGCAGUAACAGCAAACGUAGCAGUCUUCAGAGCCGAGGCAGUACGUCCAGUUUGCUGGAAAGAAGUCUGACACCAAGGUCCCAACCUCCUACUCCUAGAUCUCAAGCGGCAACCCCGCACAAAUAUAAGAAAGGGGAUGUGGUGUCGACUCCGACUGGUAUCAGAAAGAAGUUUAACGGUAAGCAGUGGCGCCGUCUGUGCUCCAAGGACGGCUGCACCAAGGAGAGUCAGCGACGGGGAUUCUGUUCCCGACACCUGUCUUUGAGAGGAGUCACCAGGUCUUCCAACACUCCUUUGGCACAGGGAUCUGCGCAUACUCCACAACAAAGGAGCAGCAGUAAAUCUCUAUCAUCAAGUGGCACGGGAGUCGAAGGUGACGAGACCUCGCGCGAGUCCGACACCACGCCACCACAUUACCGCGUCACGGGCCGGUUCGAUUCUGAUGAAACCGAGGCUGCUAAUAUGCUAGUGUCCCUGGGCAGCUCCCGCUCGGGCAGCCCGGGCGCGUCCCCCGUGGGCGGGGGCGGGUCCCCCGGCCUGCGGAACAACCUGUUCGUGCCCAUCUCCUCGCCGCAGCCGCAGCCGCACCACCCCGCCGCGCUCUACCACCACCACCUCAUCAGGCCAGAAUUAGUCCGACCUAGUCGGGUCAAUUCGCCGGUCGGUGGGGUCGCCACAAGCGUCAUCAGAGUGUCGCCAGGACCUAACUAUCAUUACCAGGUCGAGAAUAGAAACGGUCCAACAAUAGUUCAGACGAAUAAUGCCUCCCAAUCAAAUGUGAUCGGCGUUCAAACUUCAGGGCUGAACCUGCAGAACACAAUACAUACUAGCAUUAACGCUACAACAACAACUCUAUCCAGCCUCACCCUGCCUUCAAGUAUAUCGCUCAAUCUGAACAACUUGAACACUCAAAACUUGCAGACAAGCAUUGCGAACUCUAUUCGUAAUACCAACGAGCUUGCACACAACUUGAUAGUACCGAGGACAAUCCCGACGUCGAACGGGAUCGACGUGGAGCAGAUAUACCGGAGCCAGCCCGUCCACAGGAACGGCAUCCACGAGUCGUAUCGCCGCGACACGGACAUGUCCCCACAGAACAAUCAUGAAAAUUUUCUCAAUAGAAGAGUCUCGGAGUACGACGACGACGAUGACGCAGCGUCGCAGAGAGAGAACAUACUCCGCAACGUGAUUGACACUCGGCCCCCCGAACUAUCCGAGACUCGCGUAAUGGACGACAACAAGCGGAUCGUGAAGCCGGCGCCGCUGCAGGCGCGCUUCUUGUCCGUGGUGGAGCCCGACGUGAAGGAUCCUGUGAAGAGGUACUACGUCACCAUGCUGCCUCAGACCGCGGACAAGAAGUACGUGUUUAUUAAGAACGAGCCUGGGGAGACCGUGCAAAUAGAGCAGCGGAUAAACCACUUGACUCAACAAGUGAACAACAACGACUCCGAGUCGGAACAUCGAGGCUUAGACAACGGGGAUCAUGUAAACAACGUGAACAGCAGUGCAGUGAUAGUGCACCCAAACCAGUUGCUACCGGUAUUACCGCCGCCCGCCUCGCACACUAUUAUCGUGUCGGGCAACACGUUCCCGUGGCAGUCGCUGGUGCCGCUGCUGAGCGCGGCGCCGGCGGCCGCGCCCCCGCCCGCGCCGGCCGCGCCGCCGUCGCCGCGCACGCCGCGUACGCCGCGCACGCCGCACACGCCGCACACGCCACACACGCCGCACACGCCCGCCCCGCUCAUCAAAUCCGAGGACCAGAUCAAAACUGAGGCUAGCGAUCCUCCGAUGUGUAUGGAUGAAGAUGACGAGGUGUUUGAGUCCGAGGACUCGGGAGUCGGCGGCGAUGACCCCAACAAGCGACCAUCGCAGAACACGUCUGCGCUGAACUCUCCUGCCACGCAGGAAAAGAAGGAGCGGCGCAUCCGUCGUCCGAUGAACGCGUUCAUGAUAUUUUCGAAGCGUCACCGACAGAUAGUGCACCAAAUGCACCCCAACCAGGACAACCGCACUGUCAGCAAGAUUCUGGGCGAGUGGUGGUACUCACUCAAGCCUGAAGAGAAACAGAAGUACAACGAACUCGCUAGCGAGGUGAAAGAAGCACAUUUCAAAGCUCACCCAGAAUGGAAAUGGUGCAACAAAGAUAGAAGGAAGUCUUCCAGCAGUAAAGAUCCAACUGGGUCCAUGCCACAGAGUCCUCGAACGCCGUCCGAGGUGGUCACCAGCGGUUCUGUCACGAUCAAUGCGGACCUGCCGGUGCCUGUGGCGUCAUACAACCAUUUGGGAUCCCCGCAGCUCAGUGACGAUGAGCAAAUGGCAUCACAGACAGAGGAACCUCCGCCGGCGGUGCAAAACUUGGAGAUUGACUUGAAGUGCGGAGAGAAAGUGACCGACUCGGACUCUGAAGGGCUGGACACGCGGGACUACUUGCCCUCGCACCACGACCACACCAGGAGGCCUAAACCCAUUAAAGCUAGGGCUGGUUCGUCAGACAAUCUCCUUGGAGGUAUUACUGCGUCCAGUCCGGGAGGACCGAAAGGUUUCCAGCCGACAGGCGGCGCCUUCAAAUCUACACACGCUGAUACCAAUGAUAGCCACAGGCUAUGGACAGCGGCGGCGCUGAACAAGCAGAGCGUCGCGGGCAGCCUGGCACACAGCGUGCAGACCAUCUCGCUGGACUCCGCCAUCGCCAACAUCAUCACCUCGCCCGCCGCGCCCGCCACGUGUCCCGUACAGGUGAUAUCAAGUGGCAUAUCUAACACGAUUCAGACGCCGACGUCUACGCCAUUGUCUUCGACGCCGCUAGGUAACCCCGUGCUCAAGAGCUUCACCUUUGUCAAACGGAGCCUUGGAGAUAGUUCUCCUUGUCCUGGUCCGCUGACGCUGUCGCUGGAUGCGUCAGGCAACCUGCUCCUGAAGCCGAGCCAGUCUACCGACAGCCCUGCCUCCGACCAGUCCAUGCACUGCGUCCAUCUGCAGAGGCUGUAUGUACCAACAUUCAAUGCUGAAGUGGAGACGCCGAAAACUAGCAGCCAAAGCUUGCUGAGCGUGCAGCCCGGCCCGUCCGUCAUCGUCUCGCAGAGCAACACUAGCGCUGCGCCCAAACUAAACACGCAUUGGGAAACACCAGUGGAAGAGGCGCGGCCAUUCCCUCUCGCACCCACUCCGGCGCAGCUCGGCAGAGCACCGCUACAGAAGCGACUUAGUCGAGGCAUGUCGACGGGGUCGUGUAGCGGGUCGGGCGGCGCGGAGGGCGAAGCCCGCGCGGAGCCCGGCCGGCCCGAGCCCGGGGACUCCGCGGGGGCGGAGCACGUGCAGCACGACCUGCCCAGCCCCAACCAGAAGAAGAGCAUCUUCAAGAAACGCAACGAGGAUGGCCGCGACAAGGUGCUAGAGACGGUGAACUUCGAGCAGAAGUUCAGCACGCUGCCGCAGUUCAAGCCGGAGGCCUGCAGCCCCAGCGCCAUGGUGGUGCCGCGCAGUCCGCAGCUCUACAUGAGGAAGAAACACAACAAAAUGGAUGAGGAAGGCACGGCGGUGACGCCACAGCUGGAGCCGGAGGUGAACGGGAACGGAAUGCCCACGCCGCACUCGUACGGCACGCCGCAUACCACCACCAACAAACUCGUCGGGAACACAUUCUUCGGACCUGACUUCAAUCUCGACACUUAUCGAGUGGGCGGCGACGGAGUGGAGGAGAUGUCCCCACGCACGCCGUGCAGCGCGGGCGGGGGCGCGGGCGGCGGCGGGGGUGGCGGGGGCGCGCGCGGCGAGGCGGGCCACCGGCGCGUGCUGGAGGCGCGGCGCCACCUCGUGCUGAAGCUGUUCCAGGAGCACGGCAUGUUCCCCACCACGCAGGCCACCACGCACUUCCAGGCUACUCACAUGGAUAUUUUCCCAACAAAAAUGGCUCUACAAUUGAAGAUUCGGGAAGUGAGACAGAAACUGAUGGCCCAGUCGAACCUUACUCCUCACUCGGAAGUGAAUACCCCGACUAUAAAUUCUCCAAUCGCGUCAGCGGCUUUUCAACCGACCUCUACGGCCAGUUAGCGAUGCGGAUACACCAUCUCCAUCAUUGUUCGCCAGUAGGAGCGUCUGCCGACAUACAUGAGACAUCUGUCAACUUUACCCAACCAGUGUUUGUUCUUACGAUGGACUCAUGCCAAAUUUAAUCAUAAAUGCAAAAGCAUUUACUACAAUGAUUAAAUUAAUGUAUAGAGACUCGUUUAUAAUAUUUUAUUACUAUCUAGAAAUACUUUUUUAAUUAGUAAAAAGUAAAAAAAAUCCCAUAAAUUUAUUUAUAAAUAUUUUAACCCAGUUUCUCAAAGGUUUGUCAAAUCAAUAAUCAAGUAACACAUGUCAGUUGUCAUGGUGAUCAAAUCUAACGACUUGUAAUCAUAUAUGCAUAUACUUCGUAUACUGGAUCCAGUAUUUAUAUGAGUUUCAGAUUUAAUUCUUAUACUAAAAGGGUUUUUCCCUGCCACUUGUAAAUGUAGAAAAACGAGCCCGGUGGGAUAACCAAAGUAACUGCUGUCCUUGUCUAACAAGCAGGAACCUAUACUAAAGUUGAACAGCACUAGUAUCUAAAGAAAAGAGAAAAUCGAAAGUAGAUUUGCGCCCUUUUCUAAUAUAAUCCAUAAAAUGUUAUCAGACUUCACUUUCAGCUCGUUUUUUUUAAGAUAAUUUUUGGCCCGUCUUUAUACAGGUUCAUGCUUACAAUUACAUACUCCAUAUCAUAUAUGAAGGGAUACAUAUGCCUCGAUCGAGAAUGCAAUGAGGUGACACUCGGCCAACGAGACAGUCAGUCGUUGAUGCUAUUUAAUUACCAUUUUAAUGUAACAGCAAACAAACACCGCCUUGCAAAUACCUGACACUAAAGAUAUUGAAUUUUAACGUGUACAGACUGUAUUAAAUAACUAAAUGGAUAGUUUUUACUAUCUACUUUUUUUCUAUCAUCACUGUAACCGUUGCAACUUAAGUUGAUCAACCUUUCAGAAACCGGGUGUAAGUUUGUGAGAUUGGCGAUGUAUGGUCAAAUUAUUCAAUUGAAUUGAAUUAGUAUUGAUUUUAAAAUUGUAUGUUUAAAGUUUUGAUCAACUAUAACUAACUAGAUAACAGAAUAAAAACACGUCACUAAAGUGUCCCGUGUUGAGACAUACACAGAUAUUUGAAAAACAAACCUUAUUUUACUUUAUUGAGAUUAUGUUAUUACAAAGCUUCUCUAUAAUAAACAGAGUCCAAUUACAAUCCAGGAUUUAGUGUCGAUUACGACGUUUGUCAUCAUUAAUAUAAAGAAUUGUCAGUUCAAUAAAUAAAAAUCUUGCAUGUAAAGAAAAAAUAUUUAUUCUAAAAUUACUUCUACGGUAAAGAAUUGCGAGAAUUCUGGGAUAAAAUAGUAAUAAAAUCCCCAAAGAUAAGGACAAAAUAUUAACUUUUUUGCUACUGCAAUAAUAAUUUUCAAUAAUCGAACUAAACAUAAAAUUAAAACUACGUUUAAAAAAACCGACUUCCAAAAACCAAAACCUCUAAACUAAAAGUCAAAAAAUAACUAUCAUUGUAUUGCCCACUGCUAGUUUAGAAGUCGGUGCCACAAGUACUAAACAAAAUUAUAUUAAAACCAGGAACAAAAUUAUAUUAAAAGCAGAUGCAUAUUAUUCUACAAUGUAGAUAUAGGUAGUAUCGGUAAGUUGAGGCUUUUUAUAAUUGGGCUCUCCGUCCAAUGUUGUUCGCGCAACCAAAUCACCGCUGUGGUAUUCUUUUUGCGAGGGCGCUUUUUUAUCGCCGAUUGUGAAUCUAGUUAGUUACAGUUGAUCGAAGGUGUAUAGUAGUUUUAUUAUCUAAAAAAAUAACUGGUACUAAUGGUUUGUUCCCUUUUCCAUAGUAUACCUAUUGAUGUUAAAUUGCUAACCAAUGUAAAACCCAGGCGCUCAGAGCACUUAACUCACGCAGCCUAGUGCCACAUCCAAAUAAUGUGUAAAGGCAGUCAGACAAUAUGAUAUAUCAGAGGUGGCCAACUAGAUUAGACAUAAGAUCUAAUGUUUACUAACGAAACCCUGUGCGAUCUAACACUUAGUGUAGUAGUUAGUAAUUACGUUGCGCAAUAUGGAUUAUUUAUUUAUAUUUUUUGCCUUGCCACGAUCGACUGGACUAAUGGUGGCGAUCGACCGGUUGGCCACCCCUGUGAUAUAUCUAUAUCUGUAGAGGUUUACAUUACGAAAAGCAAAAAAAAAAACAGUGUUCUUUCUAUAGACGUCAAGUUGACGUCAAAUUGGUAUGAAACAAUUUAUUCUAGUUUCAAGUUUUAGCAAUAUGGCAUUAGAGUGACCGCAGGCAUAUAGGGACAUAUCUAUAAUCGCUUUUAAUUGGUUAUCGAACUAACAGAUCAUUUGUUAUAUUGUUUUAGCACAUCGUCAUUGUGGGCACGAUCUCAAUUCUUAUUUUGUAUUUAAGUGCUUUUGUUUGUGAGUUUUGUAAGACAUAAUAUUUGUUAUUGCCAAACCACUUGAUUACUUUGUUGGGGUUUUACAUCGAAACCCUUUGGUGUUUACGUGUAUGAUAUUAAGCUCUAUAGUAGUUAUACGAUUGAAUUAGUUUUAGUUUUUUUUAGAUGCUCAGAAGUUUUCAUCAUCUCGUAUGGUGUAUGUGUUAUGGUUUGGUAGCAAGCCUGUUUCAGGUUAUUGUAUAAAAUAUAUUACUUACACUUCAUUGUUGGAAAAUACCUAUAUGCUGUAAUAACAUUUUAAAGAAUUGAUCAAGUUGUAUUUCGUUGCAAUAUGAGAAUCGAUAUAUUAGAAAAAAUAUUUAAUAUUUAAGUAUAUUCUAGAGAUUACUGCUGAGAAGCAGAUAUACUUAGUAUAUUUACUCCACAUCUGUACUUUUAGCGAGUAUGGUUUUGUUUUGAUACCUUUCCUCGAGAUGAGCGAGUUGCGUGUAAGAACGACUUAUGGGAAUUCUUUUUAAUAUUGAGUUGCUAGUAAAGGGGGUCUCUAUUAGAAAAUAUUUACAAUCAGAUCGAUAUGAAUGACAAAAUCAUUAAUCACCAUGGUGUUUAUCAAUGCAUGUACAAAGGUAUAGUACAUCCCCGUUCGUAGUGACGUAGACACACCUAUGUAAGUGAUAUAUCAUGCAACACUAGUGAGAGAGUCGAGCGUUAUAUGAAUGCAUGAGGUUAGAAAAGGAACUUUGGUGCGAACUCUUUCUAAUAAUCGUUCAAGUCUAUUAUUUUGUAUUGUUUUAUAUUUCCGUUGUGAUGUUGGUCUUCCAAGGGUUUCAAAUUAUUUCAUUUAAUUAGAUUUAUAUAUACUUGUUUAAUUAUGUUUUAUCAAGUAGGUACAUUGUACAGUGAUUUAACAAGAGAGUCGGUGCGUGUAUUUGUGUACGCCGCACACUAGACACGGAACGUGAACAUUUUAAUAGUUACUUAUAUUGAGUCUUUCAGUCCGUAAGAUUGAAGUAGCGGUAUCCAUUUGAAAACGUAAUGCUAUCGUUUACGAAAAUAGCUCAAAUCUGUAACGACACUAGAUAAAUAAAUAUUUAUACAAUAAUAAUCUCAUUGUAAAUAUUAGUCGUAUUGUGUACUAGCACUAAGUAUUCCUGGCUCUCAAAGUAAUUAAGAUUUUAUUUAGAUAUUACUAAUUAUAUUACAGAUAAAUGUAUGUAUAAAUAUAAUUAUAAUUUAUACAUGUAAAAUUUCGGCCAAUACAAAACAAUUGUAUAUUUAAAUGAUCUCUUCGGCGUUAAUAUUGUUUAAAUAAUUAAUAAUUGCUGUAGGAGUCCGUAAGUGAAAGGAAUUUAUUAAAAGUAUAAAACAUAAGAGAUAUUUUCGCACGGUUAAAUAUUAUAUCUCGAUAGGCAAUUAGACGAGUCCGGUACCAAAGCUCGUCAGUUCGUUGCAAUGCAAUUACGUGAUGCAUGUAGCUUCAUAGCGUGUUCCUUACCGUUCUCGUGGCAAUGUUGAACUCGCGGGAUUUGGUACGUACUUUGGUAGUCGAUUCAUAGUAAUCGAGAUUGUUGUCUUAAAAUUUUACUCUUAAAUAAAUAAUACAAGUGUUGUUACCAGUUAGUAGUAAUGUACAGAUAUAUUUUCGUCCCUAAUUUGAAUUAGUUAUUCAAACUAGCCGCUCUGCGUGGUGUCACACGUACUUUUUUGUUAGCGUUGGGGGAAGCAGGGUAAUUAAUUCAAAGUAAGGGCAAGGUAUAGGCCUCUUUUCUUAAUCAGUGAAUUAAUUAGCUAUAACUUUCAACUCUGAAUAACAAUAUAAUAAGAUCAGUUUCAAACUAUAUAAAAUGUAAAUGUAAUAAAUAACUAUAUUUAGUAAUCAAUGUUUAAAUAUCUUUUUGUGGCAUACGAAUAUCAUCCCGAUUUAGUGAAAAUUGUUGAUUUUCUUUCGAUCAUCGAGCUUUUUAGUUGCGAAACGAUUAUGAUUCGAUUUAUUGUAACGACAUUUUAGGUUUAAAUCUACAAGCACUAUUUUACAUACAGACUGUCCCUGAAGUCAAAAUGGCACCAGGUGAACGGCAGUGUUCCAACGUUAUCAAAAACAUAAUAUAAUAAAUCUAAGUCGUAUACUUUUUAAGUUACUUAUAUUAUGUAGAUAUGUGUUAUUCACAAACAAGCGUUCAUAUUGCCAAUCUUUUGACUCAUAUUGCUGGAAGAAUAAAAAUAUCUAAUCUUUAGAUAUCUUUAUUUAUAUAUUAGAUAUCUUUUUUUUCGUCUAUAUGGUGUACUUUUUCGUCGUUUUUUUUUAAUAUUAAUUUACCUGAUGACUUUUGUAACCUUGCCGAUCACCCGGUGCCAUUUAGGCGUCGACUUCAGGAACGACCUGUAUGUUUUCAUAAUAUUUCAUAGUCUUCUGGAAUAUCAAUUUUCAUGAACAUUAUGCGAUUAAGUAAACGUUUUUAAAUAGAUAGUAAAGUUACGUAAAAAAGUUUGCAUUUAGUAUCCCAAAUGAAAUAUGUUUAUGAAAUUUAUAUGAAAGUGUAGGUACAUGGUUAUUUUAUUUAAACACAGUAGCAAAAUAUACUAAAAAGGCAAGUUUUCCUCCGUGGUUUAUGAUUGUGAUGGUUUAUACGAAAUGUAACAAUUUGUUUUCAACUUUCUAUAAUUAUGGUUAAGCUUACUUACAAGAGGCGAACCUCUUAUUGCAAUAUUUCUAGUUCUUUUUUGUAGUUUUGAUGGUAUAAUCAAUUUCUAAUGAAAGCCUUUAAUUGUGUUAUAGUAAUAACAAAUAUGAAAAAUUUUAAUAGCUGCAUAUUUCUAGUGCCUUAUUGACUUUCAAAUUUUAGUUCACGCUCAUUGAAAUUAGGAAACUAUAAUCUUUCUAAUUACUUCUUUCUAGGCUUUGUCAGUCAAUAAAUUACAGAAAAUAAGCAGUUUUACUUUAUUAGACUGAAUGAACUAGGUUGCAUAACAAGUUUAAUGUUAUAUUUUAAGAAAUAUUAGUAAUUAUUUCGAAAGGACAUUUUAAAUAAAGCAUUUCAUAUUCGUUAUUUAUUUCUUCUACAUAAGCUAUUAGAAUAAUUGUUUAGUCAAAAUGGUAUAUGUAAAUAGCUUGUUUAGAUGAUUUAUUUAGAUUUUAAGUGUUCAAAUUCAUGUAUAUUAGAUUGGAUUAGAGACGAAAAAUUAUGUAAAAUUUAGUAUUUUUAAAUCCACACGUAACCACUUCACAUGUACAAUAAGCAAAGUUUUUUAAUGUUUAUCAAUCCAACUAAUGGACCAAUAAGUGACACUUUAAAGGAUCAUGGUCACUUAAGUGUGGAAAUUGGGCGUUUAACCAACUAUUUAUGGAUAAAUAUUCGAUGUAUAGAUCACGUGAAUUAGUUCAAUCAUUAAGGUGGAAAUAUGGGGCUUACCUGGGAUGUUGAAAAUAAAUAAUUUUGUAGAUUUCGAUGUGCUCUUUUCCAUAUCUAUUUUACAACGUAGUAAGUGAGUCGCUCGCGCCGCCAUCUUAAAAAAUGGCGACUAUAAACAGUUACAAUAUCUCUUUUUCUGUGCAUGUUAUGAGGAAAAUUUAUAACAAAAUUUAAUUAGACACAAUUUAUGUUUGGAGUCUUUGGUACCAAUUAAAAUGUCGUUAUUUCGUCCGCAUUAUUGACUAUGCAAUUUUCCAGACUCAUUACAAGCAUUUUCGUUUAAAAAUAUGAUCAUCAGAAACAAGUAAGCACAUCAAAAUCUCAAUAUCAAUUACUCUCGGAAAGCAUUCCAGACAUUCUACCUAAUUACGUUCGUACGUACGUACGUACGUAAUUAAUUAUGAUUUAUAUAAAAUAUGGGGUUAUUAAGAAAAUCACACUUCAAAAAUUGGUCAUUAAAACGUUAAGAAAUUCUGAAUUUUGUUAAUUUUUCCGUCAAAAACAAGUGCACUCGUAGUUUUAAAGCUAUAAUCAUUGUAAUACAUGAAUUAACAUAAUGAACAUAACAUCACUCCUUUUAUUCCCUGAAGGGGCACAAAGAGAUUUUAAUGCCUAGCCCGACCCAAAAAUCGAACCCGACUGACUCAGACUUCAAGAUUCUUAAAUUCAAUGUUGAAAUAUGGAACAUUUGGACAUACUCGUUAGUGCAAGUGUCAAGGAUCUCGCGUUUGAUUCCCGGGCCGGACAAAUAUUUUUUUAUUUUCGAUAUGUUAUAUUUAAUACCCUAGAGCAGGGGAGGCCAAUUGUAUGAAGCAUGAUCUACUUUUUGCCAACAAACCUUGUGGGAUGUAUAAACUGAUUUUUUUAUGAAGUUUUUAUUAUUAUUAAAAAGAAUGUUAUCAGAAAUUAUUGGAAAUUUCUUGUUCGAAAUUAAUGCUAACUGUUGAAAUUUUUUCUUCUUAAAAUGUCAAGUAUAAUAAAAUAAAUAGGUACUAAUCUAUGACUUUGCAAUGCUCCACAACAUAACUAUAGUCCGCACAAUUUAAGAGGUCAACUCUGACAGUUACCAUGUUUUAAGAGGUAAAUAAGAUCGGUUGCUGUUUAUGACCCACUGGUUGACUUUUUAUGAGCCUUGAUUACUAAGGCUUGAAGCAAAAAUAAUAAUUAGAAUUUGUAAUCACCGAAUCAGAAAAUAUAUUACCUUCUGAUAUAGCGUGAGACUGCGUAGAGCAUUGAUGGUCCGAGAUCCCAGAGCUGUCAGACAUAUCUUAUUUUUACAAGCAUUUAACCUUCGGCUUACAGUAGUCUUGUAUAUACUUUUUAAUGCCUUAAUGUUUGUAAAGCUUGCCGAGUGACACCUGCGCAGGUACCAGGUGAGAAAGGUAACUAAAAAUUAGACUCACUUAACGUAAAUUUUUAUGUCUGAUUUUUAUAUAUGUUUUGUAGAAUAUAAUUACUUUGAAAUCAUAUUAAAAAAAUCAGACACUUUCCAUGGACCAAAACUUCUAUCAGACGGCUUAAAGCUCUAAAAAAUAGUGCGCCUUACAAAAUUGUAAUAGCAAUAUAUAUGAGGUUGGAGAGAAAUAUCUUUUCGGCAAAGCAGUAGCACAUUUGUAACAUUUCAGUAGGUCUAUUGAGAGGACCCGGUGCCCCUUACAGGUGUUGAGGGUGGCCACCGGGGUGGUUUUAGUGAGGUAAAAAUCCCACACUCCCUAGUCUUUUAUCCCCAAAAAGCUAGGCGCAUUUUGAAGGUUUCCCCCGUCACCAAAAAAAAGGGGUCAAUUCUCGGCCCGUUUCUCUUUCUUAUUUAUAUUAAUGAUUUACCUUACCUUGUGAAGGAUAACCAUGGGAUAGUACUGUUUGCUGAUGAUACAUCUUUAUUGUUUAAACUCAAACGUGGACAAUUAGUCAGUCAUCAUGUAAAUAGUGCUCUCUCAAAAAUAGUACGCUGGUUUAGUGCCAAUAAUUUGUUACUUAAUGAAUCAAAAACUAAAUGCAUUAGAUUCACAACACCAAAUGUUAGACAUGUGAAACCAGCGUGCUAAUACAGGGCGAGGAGUUGGACCCUGUAGAUUCAACUGUCUUUUUAGGUAUAAGUGUGUGUGGCUUAGCGUCCAGGGGCUAAGCCACAGUGGGCUCCACACGUAGAUAAGUUGUCGAAAAGGCUCAGACCUGCAGCAUAUGCCGUUAAAAAAAAGAUGGCACCUCGGUCACCAAGAAACAAGUGGCAUGGGAGUUUAUUUGUAAUGCUAAAGAUAAAGGUAAACAUGUGCAGGUAACAUUAUACAUAUACACAUGGUAGGUAGGAAUUAUUAUUAUUGAUAUAAAAUAGGUUGUAAAUGAUAUGUUAUGUAUGAUAAUUGUCAUACUUAUAUAAUACCUGUUUAUUUCAGCGUGGAGGUGAAACUAUCAUUUAAAAAAGGUCUUGGGAUGAUUUGCUAGCAGCCACGCAUAAAACAGAAAGAGGGAAAUACAUAUUAUCUAUAGUAGGGGAGACACAGAAGGGAUUUCGGUAGUUACUCGAGCGCGUCAGAUUAGUAAAUGGGGAAUAGCUAGUGUUAUGUUGAAGAUACCCACCACAAUGUGGUGGGAUAAAAAAAUUAAAAAAAAAAUCUAACUUACUCCAGUCAGUUUCGUCAGAUUAGGAGAAGAGAAGUCGACAGCAUACAAAAGAAUGCGCAUUUAAAAAAAUCUUCCCACUUGAGCGUGAUUUCUAAGAGUGAGAGGGUUUUGAAGCGUUCUCGUUAGUACCGUCCGAAACAUUCAGUCCCAUCAUGCAAACUGGCAGAUUAAGGGUUUCUCAUUAUCAGAGACACAUGUAGCAUAUACAUUAUCAAUAUCUGACACGCUCCACCUCUAGAACAAAAGUUACACGUAACAAUUUUAAAGAUCUGUGGAUUCCCCCUUUCUCCACCGAUGGCAGAAAAUGUCACUUAAUUAUUUUUUCUUUCUAUCACCAUAUAUUUAAAAUCCAGUAGGUCCCUACGACGCUCGAGUAAAUCCAAAUUUAGCAUCGUGGGCUCCUCUACUACUAGAAAAAGGUAAAUUAUAAUUAAAAGAAAUGAAAAUAUCUAAAAAGGAUUAAAAUAAAUGUUUACAAUUGAUUAUUUUAUGGAUUUUUAUUUAUUCGAUAAUUAACAUAUUAGUACAGAAACCUAUCAACUAAAGAAUGUCGCACCAUAAAGCCAUUGUUGUUGGUGUUUUCUCUAUUAGUGCAACAGCAACGUUUAGAUGUGAAUGUCAACACAGUUCAUUGGUUCCAAAUCAUAAUGCUAUAUUAUGCAAUGAUGCACAUGUACAUACGAUAGUCACUACUGUUCACACCUCCCUACCCAUUCCCUGUUGAUGACAAGGAUAUCUUCUUUUCCAUAAACCAAAACAUUACAACAUUUUGUUUGAUUGUAAUUUAGCUUCUGUUUAAAAAUUGUAUUUAUAUAAACACAGCUUUAUGCUAACACUUAAUUUAAUAAUCUAUUCGUUGGUUUUCUUAGAUCGGGCGCCAGCAAAGGCAAAUAACACUUUAUGGAAACUGGGGUGAAUCUAUACCGCUUAUGGAAUUCUCAAACAAAGUAUUUUCUAAAAGGAUCCGAAUAGUCGCGUAAAUACUGCCUCGGCCCCUCUUGUUCCUUCGGGCAAAUUCCAAAAAAUGUAUAUAAAGUCUACCAAAUAAGACAUCUUUGCUAUUGAUGCUGCUUUCGACUGCACGGUUGGCACGGUGGCUGGGCUGCCGUGCAACGUGUCGCGGGUUCGAUUCCCGCACGGAACAACUCUUUUGAGUGAUCUACAGAUUGUUGUUUCUGGUUUGGGUGUCAUGUGCAUGUGAAAUUGUAUGUUUGUAAACGCACCCACGCCACAUGAGAAAAUCCUAAUGUGGGGCAACGUUUUGAUAAAAAAAAUGCUUCAAAAUUGGAAAUAAUAAUAUAGCUUCAAACGUAGACGGCAGACGGUUUUGCUAUACUUAACUUUAAUUGUCAUUAAAACACGAUAAUGGACCCUUAACCGUCUCUAAAAGUGGGCUUUUUUAAUGUAUGACGACAGAACGCGGCUAAACGCGUGACAAUUGCUUAAAUAAGCAACGCUUAUUUUAGUGUGCGUUGCCUCUAACCCCUACAUGCUCAAUACUUUUGGCCAAGGCUGUAUAUACCUUAUAACUUCGUAUGACAUAUAACAUAACGUAUAACACCAGUUCGUUCGUCUAGCGAUAAUAUUGCACACUUUUUGAUGAAAUUCCCUGGUCCGGCUUUCGACGUCACAGCCGGCCCGGGUGCCAACAUCAAAGACCUAGAGGCCCAGCGCAUGCGCGAGACGGAGAGGGGUGACCGGCGCCGGCGCGUCCCGCUCCACGACUCUCCUCGCUCUCCUUGGCCGACGGACAGCACGCGCGCGCACCUACUACAGACCACAGGCAGACCCUUACGGCACCGGAUACUUAGUUAGUUACCGAUUAAUUAGUACACUUCAUUGUUGUUCAUUAAACCAUUCAAUACAACCAGUCGUGCAUCAUUUAUCUCCACCAAGAGCAUCAAAGCAGAAUUCCUAUCUUGAAUAUUUUUACAGCUAUUUGCACAUGUCUUUUCGCAAUCAUACAUUAAAGGCGACCUUGUGCUUGGGAUGCGAGGUAGUAGCGAGUGUUUUCAAAGCCAGUUGGUGAGUUGAAUCAAUUGACGACAUGCAAAGUCAGCGGUGUGACAGGAACCAGGAGAAUAAACUUUCAUCACGCAGGGGGUGAUUAUUAUUUUAUUUGACUGGCAAUAAGACUUGUCACUUUUACUGCCACUGUCAGUCUUUUAAUGGCAAAUGGUUACUUCAGUCGUUACAUAGUAAAACUUUAACCUUUUGAACGCCAGAGCGUAAACACAUCGGCGCCCCUUCUACGCCAAGCCACAAAUUCAGUACAAAAACCUACAAAAAAAAUAGUGAUUCCAACAUCUUAACGAAAAGUUAUCGAUAACCAAUGAAUCCGUGCUUUUCGUUCUAUAUUUUUUAAAUAAAUAUUAUUCGUUGCA